GACGGGUGGGUAGCAACAGUUGCCCGGGUGAGGACGAGGCGCCAUAGUCACGGUAGUCGUGGCGACAAGAACCAAGCAACGAGAAUCAACAACAACAACAACAACCAGAAUCAUUAAGAAACAAACUUUAACGCCAAAGCCAGGAAUAUUCCAGGGGGAAUUUGAGAGUGGUGGUCUUGGUCCAGCUGUGGCGGUCUUGGUCCAGCUGUGGCGGUAGUCAUGGCGACCCCAGGCUACACAGAAGAGCUCCAGCCAGCCCCCCAGCCCAAUGCUGUCACCAUAGCAACACAAUCAGCCACGCCCUCCCGCUCCACGCCAACCCAGUUCAACCAGUCAGUGUCCAUUGUCUCCACAACCGGACAGGACAAACUUCCUGCUGAAGCCACGCCCACCAAGGUCCAGAAGACAGUGGUUCUGGCCACGCCUUCUCAGACUCAGUUUGUUACCGCGGAGAUCCAGAGUUCUGCCGUUCAGCAGAGUAACGGACAGAGUUCCACACCACAGUACAUCGUAGUGACCGUUACAGAGGGCUCUCUCCAUUCUAGUGACAGUGUAUCAGACUCCAGUCCUCCAGUAGUAGUGGUUCAGACAGGGGUCCCCACCCAGGUAGUACAGCAGACCACCCAACAGGUGCAGCAGCAGCAUGUUUACUCCAGUCAGGUUCAGUAUGUGGAGGGGGAGGACUCUUCUUACACCACCUCUACCAUUCGUUCUGGCAGCUACCCGUACUCCGACUCCCCCCUCUACUCCCAGACCCCUCCCUCUUCCUCCUCUUCCUACUACGAAUCCACGCCCACCUCGGGGUCACAGGUCACUAACUCCGUGACUUCACAGUCAGUCUCUGUCACCGCGGCAACGGGAGGAGGUGGGAGUGGUUACGUCAUCCAGGGCGGGUACGUAUUGGGAGGUGGGGGCAGCGGAGGAGGAAACUACUCCAGUCACAACACCAGAGCAGCCCCUGCCACAGUACAGUGGCUGCUAGAUAACUACGAGGGUGCAGAGGGGGUCAGUCUGCCUCGCUGUACCCUCUACUGCCACUACCUCUUACACUGUCAGGAACACAAACUAGAACCUGUCAACGCUGCCUCCUUCGGCAAGCUCAUCAGAUCUGUCUUCAUGGGGCUGAGGACCAGACGCCUGGGCACACGAGGGAACUCUAAGUACCACUACUAUGGUCUUCGUAUCAAGGCCACCUCCUCUCUGCUCCGUCUGAUAGACGACCACCAGCACCUAGCCUUGAGACAGCAACCCUUCUCUCAGAAACACAGGAUAAAGCCGGUUCUGAAGGUGGAGGGCAUGUCCAAUGGGAUGUCUCUGGGGGCGGGGCAGCAGCAGGGGGCAGGGCUCAGUGACAUCUCAGCUCAGGUGCAACAAUACCAGCAGUUCCUGGACGCGUCGCGGGCGCUGCCCGAGUUCCCAGAGUUGGAUCUGCAGGACAGACCUCUUCCUGACGGGAUCAUUCCAGAACACAUCGCAGCCUUCCAACAGCUCUACAGGGAACACUGUGAGGCCAUUCUGGAUGUGAUGGUGAACCUGCAGUUCACUCUGGUGGAGACGCUGUGGAAAACCUUCUGGAGGUUCAGCGAGAGCAUCGACGCAGACACACUCGGCGUUCAUGGUGAGUCAGAGGAGCGUCUACCUAAGUGGUACCUGGUGGUGCUGUGUAAGUACCAGCCAGUUGUUCACUGGACCAGAGACUGUGAUAACACACUGUACCAGGCGCUGGUGGAGAUCCUCAUCCCUGACGUAUUACGACCCAUCCCCAGUGCCUUAACUCAGGCCAUCCGUAACUUUGCCAAGAGUCUAGAGAGCUGGCUGACAAGCGCCAUGAUGAACAUACCAGAGGAGAUGGUCCGUAUCAAGGUGGUGUGUGCGGGAGCGUUUGCCCAGACGCUGCGUCGCUACACCAGUCUCAACCACCUGGCCCAGGCAGCCAGGGCCGUCCUCCAGAACACAACCCAGAUCAAUCAGAUGCUGAGUGACCUCAACAGAGUUGACUUCACCAACGUGCAGGAGCAGGCGUCGUGGGUGUGUGGUUGUGAGGAUGGUGUGAUCCAGAGGUUGGAGCAGGACUUCAAGCAGACGUUACAACAACAUAACUCUCUGGAGCAGUGGGCUGCCUGGCUGGACGGCGUGGUCUCCCAGGUCCUAAAGCCUUACCAACACAGCCCUGCAGCCUUCCCUAAGGCUGCCAAGCUCUUCCUGCUGCGAUGGAGCUUCUACAGUUCCAUGGUGAUCAGAGACCUGACUCUGCGUAGUGCUGCCAGCUUUGGAUCCUUCCACCUGAUCAGACUGCUGUAUGAUGAGUACAUGUACUACCUGAUAGAACACAGAGUGGCCCAGGCUAAAGGAGAGACAGCCAUCGCCGUCAUGGGAGAGUUUGCCAGUGUGGGCAGGAGUCUGAACUCUCAGGACCCUGAUAAAGAUGAGGAAGAGGACGAGGAGGAGAGUGAUGAAGAGGGGGUAGAGAUGAUCAUGCCGUCUAACUCCGCUGGUCUGGGAGAGGGGGAGGAGUCACUGGAGCCGCCCGUCAAGCUAGCCAGGACUGACCCCCAGGGACUGUUCAAUAGCACACACACAGAGUGACUCACACACACCUUAAACACACCUUAAACACACGCUCUCCACUUAGCCGUUGGCUAACAUGACACACACACACCACACCCACUCAUCCUUUGCCUUAAUGAUAGUUUGCUAUGAGCCCAUAUGUGAUCCCAAUGCCAUUAAGUUCCUUAUCUGUUCCUGCAACCUAACCUCACACACCCUGUCUGGCUGCACGUGUGUGUGUGUGUGUGUGUGUGUGUGUGUGUGUGUGUGUGUGUGUGUGAAAGCGAAGGAGAGAGGUUUCGCAGCUUGCCUUUUCAUCUCUUUUAGUUAUCAUGGUUCCUCAUCACCUUCAUUGUGACAUAAGAGACGGUGACCUCUUCACUAGACGGGGCAACAGUCUGUUCCAGACGGUGACCUCUUCACUAGACGGGGCAACAGUCUGUUCCAGACGGUGACCUCUUCACUAGACGGUGACCUCUUCACUAGACGGGGCAACAGUCUGUUCCAGACGGUGACCUCUUCACUAGACGGGGUAACAGUCUGUUCCAGACGGUGACCUCUUCACUAGACGGGGUAACAGUCUGUUCCAGACGGUGACCUCUUCACUAGACGGGGCAACAGUCUGUUCCAGACGGUGACCUCUUCACUAGACGGGGCAACAGUCUGUUCCAGACGGUGACCUCUUCACUAGACGGGGCAACAGUCUGUUCCAGACGGUGACCUCUUCACUAGACGGGGCAACAGUCUGUUCCAGACGGUGACCUCUUCACUAGACGGGGCAACAGUCUGUUCCAGACGGUGACCUCUUCACUAGACGGGGCAACAGUCUGUUCCAGACGGUGACCUCUUCACUAGACGGGGCAACAGUCUGUUCCAGACGGUGACCUCUUCACUAGACGGGGUAACAGUCUGUUCCAGACGGUGACCUCUUCACUAGACGGGGCAACAGUCUGUUCCAGACGGUGACCUCUUCACUAGACGGGGGCAACAGUCUGUUCCAGACGGUGACCUCUUCACUAGACGGGGUAACAGUCUGUUCUAGACGGGGCAACAGUCUGUUCCAGACGGUGACCUCUUCACUAGACGGGGUAACAGUCUGUUCCAGACGGUGACCUCUUCACUAGACGGGGCAACAGUCUGUUCCAGACGGUGACCUCUUCACUAGACGGGGUAACAGUCUGUUCCAGACGGUGACCUCUUCACUAGACGGGGCAACAGUCUGUUCUAGACGGGGCAACAGUCUGUUCCAGACGGUGACCUCUUCACUAGACGGGGUAACAGUCUGUUCCAGACGGUGACCUCUUCACUAGACGGGGCAACAGUCUGUUCCAGACGGUGACCUCUUCACUAGACGGGGCAACAGUCUGUUCUAGACGGGGCAACAGUCUGUUCCAGACGGUGACCUCUUCACUAGACAGGGUAACAGUCUGUUCCAGACGGUGACCUCUUCACUAGACGGGGCAACAGUCUGUUCCAGGCGGUGACCUCUUCACUAGAUGGGGUAACAGUCUGUUCCAGAUUUGACCAACUUAUCCCACUAAUUAACAUGACCACUAGUUUGUCAGCUUGUUGUUGCUGGAUGCAGAAACAGUCUUGUACCAGUACAGUCUGAGGUGUGUUGUAGCACGCUGAACAUUUAAAGGUAAUGUCUGAUUGAGCUGACAUAUGCAACAUUUACCGUCUGUGUGAACAUGCUGAGGAACACUGCCUUUAAAAGGGGCAUUGUCAACAACGUACCUCUGAUUUGAAUCCAGACCUACCGGACCAGUCAAACGUUUUAGAACACCUACUCAUUCAAGGGUUUUUCUUUAUUUUUACUAUUUUCUACAUUGUAGAAUAAGACCUCAAAAUUAUGAAAUAACACAUGGAAUCAUGUAGUAACCAAAAAAGUGUUAAAUCAAAAAUAUAUUUUAUAUUUGAGAUUCUUCUAAGUAGCCACCCUUUGCCUUGAUAACAGCUUGUCUUCACUAUUAUUCUACAAUGUAGAAAAUAAUAUAAAUAAAGAAAAACCCUUGAAUGAGUAGGUGUGUCCAAACUUUGGACUGGUCCUGUAUGAGUCAGUCAACCUGCAUGCCUAUAAUCUUCUCUGUCCUCACCUUACCCACCCACUGUCCUAACUGCCAUAGAAAGAGAGAGCGAGAGAGAUUUACUGUGUUUGUCCUAGCCAGGUGUAGAGUUGUUACAGCAGUCUGUCUUCAGUCCUGAUGAUGUUCACUGACCUCUUAGACAACCACUUAGUGUGUCCCAAACGGCAUCCUAUCGGCACUUAAACAGGGCACCAUUUAGGACGGCUCAUCAAAGAGUCUUACUAUGAAUGUUAAUAGCCCUCCGUGAAAUGAGACUGAAGGGGUGUUGAAAUCAGUCAGACGCUCUAACAGUAGUGUCCUGAUGUAGUUCAGAGGAUGGGGUGUGUAGGUCGAUACAGGGCAGCGUUCAGAAACAUACCUUUUUAUUAUUUGGACAACUAAGAGAUGACCUGUGCCUUCUACAGCUAGACAACACUUGUGAUUGCAUCCCAAAUGGCACCCUGUAUAGUGCACUUUUUUGGACCUGAGCCCUAUUGACCAUGGUCAAAAGUAGUGCACUAUAUAGGGAAUAGGGUGCCAUUUGGAAGACAACCUGUGUUUUUAAUUAGAUCUGAUUAAUAAAUUAAAGUGUUUCUAAACCUGUCUGCUGACUUGUACAAUCUGACAUUUGUUCCUCACGCUUUGGUAAUGUAUUGUUAUUAAAAUGUUAUAAGAGA